CAAAUACAAGUAACAUAAUAUAAUUCUUGUCCACACCAAACUCCAAACACACAUUUCCAAGUAUGAGUCUUAAACCUCUAAACAUGUUACUGGUACCAUUUCUUUUUCUUAUUCUUGCUGGUGACUUUCCUUUCACAGCAAAAGGAUCACUACUACCAUUCCUAGAUUCUCCCAACACCCUCUUAUCCGAUCUCUGGUCUGAUCGUUUCCCAGAUCCAUUUCGCGUCUUAGAACAAAUCCCCUUUGGAGUUGAGAAUCACGAACCAUCAAUGACACUGUCACAUGCUAGAGUAGACUGGAAGGAAACUCCAGAAGGACAUGUUAUAAUGCUGGACGUGCCAGGGUUGAAAAAAGAUGAUAUAAAGAUAGAAGUGGAAGAGAAUAGGGUGCUAAGAGUGAGUGGUGAAAGGAAGAAAGAAGAAGAGAAAAAAGGAGAUCAUUGGCACAGAGUUGAAAGAUCUUAUGGAAAGUUUUGGAGGCAGUUUAGAUUGCCUGAAAAUGUUGAUUUGGAUUCUGUCAAGGCUAAGAUGGAAAAUGGUGUUCUUACUUUAACACUUAAUAAGUUGUCACAUGAUAAGAUAAAAGGUCCUAGAAUGGUUAGUAUUGUUGGGGAAGAAGAUGAGAAACCAUCUAAGGUCAUCAAUGAUGAGUUGAAAUAAUCAUGUGAGUGUGAUCAUUGUAGUUUUUUUCAUUAUGUGUGAUUUGUGAAUAAAGAGGUCUCACCUAAGAUCUUGGUUGUUUUAAUAGAAGAAUUUGUCAUCUGUGGAUGAUGAAUGAGUGUCCAGUGUCCUGUGUUGUAAAGGCUUUAUCAUUAAUCUCGUAAUGAAUAGCUUGUUUGGCUUUUGUUUUUUCUUCUAAACAUUCAGAGUUUAUUUCCA